AAGAGGGGGCUGUGGGAGAGCGUGCUGGGGUCAAUGGGUGUCAGUCGGACCGAUUUUGACUUUGGCGGUGGUCAAAUGAUGCUGGUGACAGGCACAAGAUGGCGCUGUCGUCAACCUGCUUCAAUCGCCCACUGGAUUCGAGUGUUUUACCUGAUGCUUGUUGCGGAAGUUAUUAUGUCUCAAGAUUAGAACCCAGUCAGCCACAAUCCACAAGUGGAAGUGGUGCACUUUGUCUUUCAGAAUAAGAGCAGAAUACAUACGGUGCUUUCGUGUAGGCGCCAUCCGAUGAUCGAGUAUGAAAACUAAGAGUCACAUGAGUUUAUUUUUCUCACUGGGGUCUUCAUUUUUUUGUUUUUUUUUCACAUAGCUGUCAAUUCAAUAACGCACCCAAUUAUCCAACUUCAAUAGCAAGGUAGCCUUGAAGAAAAGAGUCAAAGACAUGGGAAAUAGUCCCCGGCAAGGAUGUUUUGGCGUUGACAAAAACUGACAGAUUGUUUACCUCCAAAGCGGGAGGACACCCGAGUCCUGACCCCCAACCCCCUAGUGUGUGAGUCUUUACAGCGAGCUGCUUGUGAGCCAUUCGCUCGCAUCAAAUAUUGAACACCUGUCGUUUCGGUUUCACACAGUCAAGCACGAGGACAUUAAAAAAAAAAAACUCCACAGAGCGUCGAGAGAAGAAGGCAUGCAGGGAUGCGGCGAGGAAGACAGCGGGACGGCCUCCAACCUGGCUGGCGAGGAAGAAGGCGGCAGGUUUGAAAUGUUCUCUGAACCAGACGAACCAGAGGGAGCAGAAGAUGGAGGGGCGGGAGGACAGGUUCAAGGCGAGGGCUGUGAUGGAGAGACGGAGGUCAGUGACCUAGAAAGCUCACAAGAUGACGGUGCAGAAGGACCCCCACCAACAGAGGUAGAGCUGACCCCCGCAGUACCGUCGUCACAGCCCUCCAACACAAUCGAUGGCCCGUCCGAAUCGUGCUGGUACUGUCUCAGGUCUCUUGACCCAGACUAUCACAAUGGGGCUUCUCAGGAUUCGGAUUCAUUGUCUCUGCCGCCAUCUGGAGGCCAGAAGAUGAACUACCAGAAGGACCCUCGCCCCCACUUCGGUGUGGCCUGCUCCUCCCACGCGCCGUGUCGCCCCCUGUGGGGCAGCGAGGGGCCCAGCUGGGGCCCCAGGGGGACUCCCGAUGGGGUCGGUGAUGAGCUGCAGCAGCAAACGCAGCGAGCGUGCCCGCACUGCCACCUGGCACUGCCCGCUGACACGCUCAGCUGGCACGAGGUAGACCACACACACACACACACACACACACACACACACACACACGAACGAAAUCAAAUAAAUAAGCAUCAUUUGUGGUGGAUAAAGAUGCACAUCCAGGACGAGACUUGGGUAACAUUCGGACACUUUUGCAACAUUGUCCUUCAUGUUUUCGUGAACGUUUGCACGAUUAGCCAUGCACGUUAUUAAUGAGUUGUACCUCAUAUAGUGAGUGACCACUGCACGCGCCACCCUCUGCAGUUGAUCGAAUGCGUUGUGCUUCUCCCUGCAGACAAAGUGUCUCCAGUUUGACGGACUGCGCAAACCCAACAAAUAGGAUUUGGUCGUACAGCACCCAAACGCAUCGUCACUCGUGCUGAAUAAAAAUUUUAAAAAGCUUUGUUUUUCUUGCUGUGUUGGUGCUAUUUACGCUGUAUUUUUUUUCUAUCACGUGAAGCGAUGCAUCAGUAAAAUGGGAAUGCAAUUGGUGAUAGCAGAGACAAAACUCCAAUUAAGAUCAUAUUUAACCAAAAAUAUUCACACAUUCUCUCAUUAAAUUAACUGCUUGUAUGGAAACUUUUAGGGAUUUAGGAACAAAAAUAUAUACUCAUCUUUGUUCAUUGUAAGAAGAGGGCAUAAAAACUUAAAGUACUGUAAAACAAUUUCCUAUUUUUAAUUAAUUGCUUGAAUGAGUUUGGUUGACACGUUAAAAUUUCCUAAAUUUAAUAAAAUGGUUUCAACAUAUACAACCUACAUAAAUACACUAUUUUAGAC